AUGGAUACAGAAGAGAACACAAACUCCAUGAAGAGCUAUAGCAAGAUAGAAGAGGCAGCACAGUCAGAGGAGGCAUUUCGGCGGAAGACCCGUAAACGUCUCAUGAUCAUUGUCUUAUCAGUCCUCGUUUUGCUCAUAAUCGUCACUGGUUCAUCAAUUGGAAUUCUGGCCAGCAGAAACAAGUCUAAAGAUCUCUCAUCUCCAACUUACUCGGCCAACUCCAACAUCAGGACCUUGUGCAAUGUCACAAGGUAUCCUGAAUCCUGCUAUUCAAGCAUGUCUUCUGCUAUCAAAGCCUCCUCCAAUGGAGAAAAUCCCAACCCACAGACAAAAGAGUUAUUUCUGUUGUCUCUAAAGAUAGCAUUCGAUGAGCUCAUGAACCUCUCUUCAUUGCCUCAAAAGAUAAUUUCCUCUCAAAACUAUAGGAAUGAGAUUAAUGAUCCUCUACUACAGUCUGCAUUGCGUGACUGUGAGACUCUCUUUAAUGAUGCCAUUGAUCACAUCAAGGAAUCAAUAUCUUCCAUGCAAGUGGGCGGGGGAAACACUUCCAAGAUUAUUGAUGAUAUCAGGACUUGGCUAAGCACAGCCAUAACAGAUCAAGAAACAUGCAUAGAUGGGUUAAAGGAGGCCGGGAAGCACCUGACCCUGACUAAUGAGGUUAGAUACGCUAUGAGCAACUCCACUGAGUUCACAAGUAACAGUUUGGCAAUUGCUUCCAUUGUAUUGACCGUUCUUGAUGAUCUCCAAAUCCCAAUUCAUCGCAGACUUUUGAGGGUCUUUAGUGAUGAUCAUAGCCAAGAUCACGGUGAUCUUGAUGCUGGGUUUCCCAUAUGGGUCCACAUCAGGGACAGGAGAUUUCUACUGGAGGAGAAACCCAAACCCAAUCUAACAGUAGCUUGGGAUGGAAGUGGGGAUUUUAAGACCAUAAAAGAGGCAGUGGAAUCCAUUCCUAAAAGAAGCAAGUCACAAUUUAUUAUAUACGUGAAAGAGGGUUUGUACUUAGAGAAUGUGACAAUAGAUAAGAAUUAUUGGAAUGUCAUGAUUUACGGUGAUGGAAUGAAUAGGACCAUUGUCUCCGCCAGAAACAACAAGGUGGACGGAGUCUCCACCUUCUUCUCCGGCACAUUCAUUGCUGCUGGGAGAGGAUUCAUUGCAAAAGAUAUGGGGUUCAGGAACACAGCAGGGCCCCAAAAAGAGCAAGCAGUAGCCCUGCGUUCAUCAUCAGACCAAUCCAUAUUCUAUCGCUGCUCCUUCGAUGCAUAUCAAGACACUCUCUACACCCAUUCCAAUCGCCAAUUCUACAGAGACUGCCAAAUUACAGGGACUGUAGACUUCAUUUUUGGAAAUGCAGCAGUGGUUUUCCAGAACUGUACCAUUCAGCCAAGGCAGCCUUUACCAGGCCAAUAUAAUACCAUUACGGCACAAAGUAAGUCCGACCCAAAUCAGAAUACCGGUAUGUCGAUCCAACGGUGUCAAAUGACUCCCCUCGACAAUCUAACGGCUACCACCUAUCUCGGUCGUCCCUGGAGGGACUAUGCGACUACUGUGAUUAUGCAGUCAUACAUGGGAGAGUUCUUGGAUCCGUUGGGAUGGGCUUCUUGGGAAGCCAAUAUUAGUACCGUUUAUUAUGCAGAGUUUCGGAAUUUUGGGCCUGGAUCCAUGACAGGGAGAAGAGUUAGAUGGCCUGGUGUUAGGCCUAAUAUCACAUAUGAAGAGGCAGAGAAAUUUGCAGUGGAGAGUUUCAUACAUGGGAGCCAGUGGCUGCCACAAGCCCAAGUGACAUACGAUGGAACCAUAUGA